CGUAGGAGAGACAUUGGAAAACCUUGGCGACAGUGACAAUACAAAGACGUUGGGAUUAUAUUUUGUUGUAACCUGCCUUAGACCUAGUACUGGGAAAUAGACAUUUGUUAUAAAUGAUAACACUACAUUCUACAUGAACCUGCCCCAGACGCUAAGAUCUGUGGAGCACCUUGGAAAUCAACAGCAGCUGAGUAGUAAGAAGUGAAUGGUCGGGACACUCGUGUGGUCAUUCGACACGCAUCUCCCAGGCAGCAAGGAAGCGCUGCACACAACCCCGUUCUCCUCGUUGGCUGUCAACAUACAUGUUUUUACAUGAAGAGAGGGGAGAAACCCGAAGGAUACCGACAGAUGCGACCCAAGACGUUCCCCGCGAGCAACUACAGUGGCAACAGCGAGCAUAUGCUGCAGGAGAUCCGGGAAAGCCUACGGAAUCUCCCACGGCCCUCCGAUGGCUUGAAAGUGGACAUGGUCGUUGGGAAGGCGCUUCCGGAUGAUCCGAGGCAGCAGGGACGCAGUGGCAACCCCAAAAACCCUUACUACAAGGCCCUUCAGGAAAUCCGAAAAUCCCUGAAGCCCUUUGAGUAUGAGCCGACUUCAGAUGUCAACAAGCAAAUGAAGCUUCAGCUUAUUUCAGCUGGUUUUGAAGAGGAGAUGGCAGUGCGUGCCCUGAAGCAGACGAACAGCCGCAGCAUAGAAGCGGCCAUUGAGUACAUCAGUAAGAUGAGCUACCAGGACCCCAUCAGGGAACAGAUGGUCAUGGUUGCAGUCGCCGCCCGCCCCGUCAACGCAGGCAUGAAAGGCCCAGGUGGGGCGCACAUCCAGCAGCCAGUGCUCCGGAAGCCCAGCUGGAAGGGCUCCAAAGAGUCCCUGGCCCCCCAAAGGCACGGGCCGCUGAUGGUGGACGCCGGCAUGAUGUACCGCUCCAGCAGCCCCGGCCCGCAAAGCGGGGACCUGUCCGGACGCCCGCCGCCGCCGUCGAGCGCUUUUCCGCAGGGCCACCUCGGCGGCGGCGGGCAGCGGGUCAACCCGCCUCUGCCGCCGCAGAUGCGCAGCGUCACGCCGCCGCCCAACCGGGGCACCACGCCGCCCCCGUCCUCCUGGGACGCCAACCCCUCCACCAAGCGCUUCUCGGGGAACAUGGACUACCUGGUGCCGCGCAUCUCCCCCGUGCCCCAGAGCGGCUGGUCCGAGGGCUACCCGUCGGCGCCGCCUCCUCCCUCCCAGAACCAGCGCGGCAUCAGCCCGGUGCCCGUCGGGCGGCAGCCCAUCAUCAUGCCCUCCUCGGCGGGCAACAAGUUCACCUUCCCCCCUUGCUGGCCCCAGAACGGCAACCCUGCGCAGUCCGACUACAUGGGGCACCAGAACGUGGCCAUGAGCAGCGGCAGCCGCCAGCCCCCGCCGCCGUAUCCCAUGAACCCCAGCAACCGGCAGAGCCCCACGGCCCUGCAGAUGCAAGCCGGCGGCGGCGGUGGCCCCGCCCCGUCGCCGCCUUACGUCAACGGCGGCAACCUCCCCCAGUCCAUGCUGGUCUCCAACCGCAACAGCCACAACCUGGACAUGUACAACCUGCAGCCGUGGGCCCAGGCGCCCCCGCCGCACGCCUCUGGCCAGCAGCAGGCGUCCUCCGCAGGAGGGGCGGGCAGCGGCCAGGACAUGGCGCCCCCUCCGUCGUGGGCGAGCCACAGCAUCCCGGUGCGCUCCAACUCCUUCACCAGCGCCCAGAUGGCGGGCGGCCGCGGGCAGGGCGCCCCCUCCAGCUCCCAGCCCUCGGCCACCACGGUCACGGCCAUCACCCAGGCGCCCAUCCUGCAGCCCGUCAAGAGCAUGCGCGUGCAGAAGCCCGAGUUGCACACGGCCGUGGCCCCCACCCACCCGCCCUGGAUCCAGCAGCAGCAGCAGCAGCAGCAGCCUCUCCCUCCGCCACCACCGAGCCCCUACCAGGAGACCACCUCCUCGGGAGGAGGAGGAGGAGGAGGAGGACCCCCCCAGAUGACCAUGGUGGCCGAGGUGCCCAGCUACCAAGGACCCCCACCACCGUACCCCAAACACCUCUUCCAGCAGCAGCAGCAGCCACAGCAGCAGCAGCCAUCGGCACCGUGUCCCACCUGCGAGCCCGGCUCCAAGCAAGGCGCUUCCGGUCCCGAAGAAGCCACGGCGGCAGCAGCGGACGACGACCAGGGCAGCACCAGCUCCGCGGAGAAGGAGCGGGAGACGACGACGGAGGCGCCCGGUGGCGGUGGCGGUGGCGGUGAGGGCGAGAAGAAGCAGAUCACCACGUCGCCGGUGCCGGUGCGGCGGAACAAGCGAGACGAGGAGCGGCGGGGCGAGGUGCGCGUGCCCAUCUACUCGCCGCAGGCCUUCAAGUUCUUCAUGGAGCAGCACGUGGAGAACAUCCUCAAGAACUACCAGCACAGGAUCCGCAGGAAGAAACAGCUCGAGAGCGAGAUGCAAAGGGUGGGCCUGUCCGGUGACGCCCAGGAGCAGAUGCGCAUGAUGCUGAGCCAGAAGGAGUCCAACUACAUCCGGCUGAAGCGCGCCAAGAUGGACAAGUCCAUGUUCGUCAAGAUCAAGACGCUGGGCGUGGGCGCCUUCGGCGAGGUCUGCCUGGCGCGCAAGGUGGACACGGGCGCCCUCUACGCCAUGAAGACCCUGCGCAAGAAGGACGUGCUCCUCCGCAACCAGGUGGCCCACGUCAAGGCCGAGCGCGACAUCCUGGCCGAGGCGGACAACGAGUGGGUGGUGCGCCUCUACUACUCCUUCCAGGACAAGGACAGCCUGUACUUCGUGAUGGACUACAUCCCCGGCGGCGACAUGAUGAGCCUGCUCAUCCGCCUGGGCAUCUUCGAGGAGGAGCUGGCGCGCUUCUACAUCGCCGAGCUCACCAACGCCGUGGAGAGCGUGCACAAGAUGGGCUUCAUCCACCGCGACAUCAAGCCCGACAACAUCCUCAUCGACCGCGACGGACACAUCAAGCUCACCGACUUCGGCCUGUGCACCGGCUUCCGCUGGACGCACGACUCCAAGUACUACCAGAGCGGCGAUCACGUUCGACAGGACAGCAUGGACUUCAGCAAGGAGUGGGAGGACUCCGCCAACUGUCGCUGCGGCGACCGGCUCAAGCCCCUGGAGCGCCGUGCUGCCCGGCAACACCAGCGAUGCCUGGCCCAUUCUUUGGUGGGGACGCCCAACUACAUUGCCCCAGAAGUACUGCUACGCACUGGCUACACCCAGCUGUGCGACUGGUGGAGCGUGGGCGUGAUCCUCUACGAGAUGUUAGUGGGUCAGCCCCCCUUCCUGGCUACCACGCCACUGGAAACUCAGGUCAAGGUCAUCAACUGGCAGACCACGCUGCACAUCCCCCCUCAGGCCAAGCUGAGCCCGGAGGCGUCGGACAUGAUCGUCAAGCUGUGCCGCGGGCCCGAGGACCGGCUGGGCAAGAACGGCGCCGACGAGAUCAAGGCGCACCCCUUCUUCCGCUCGGUGGACUUCUCCACGGACCUGCGGCAGCAGGCGGCGCCCUACGUGCCCAAGAUCACGCACAGCACCGACACGUCCAACUUCGACCCGGUGGACCCGGACAAGCUGUGGAGCAGCGCGGGCGGCAGCGGCGACGGCACCGACGCCGACGGCGACCGCAACGACGACACGCUCAACGGCUGGUUCCGCAACGGCAAGCACCCCGAGCACGCCUUCUACGAGUUCACCUUCCGGCGCUUCUUCGACGACAACGGCUACCCGUACAGCUGCCCCAAGCCCAUCGAGUACGAGGAGGAGGGCGACGAGGGGGGGGAGGAGGGGGACGCCGAGGCCACCGGACAGGAAGUGGGCUGCCAGGGAGCGCAAGCCGUGCCGGGGCGGGACCUAGUGUACGUUUAGAGCUGCGGCGCGGCGGUCGUGAUUGAUCCCGUCGGGUUGCUGCAGCAUUCCACGUCUCUUGCGCCUCACUUUGCCUUAUAUGGACUGCUCUGUGACAACUCACUGCAACAGCAGGGUAGAGAGAAGGCAAGGCCACUUGUGUUUUUUUUUUCAUUCGUUUGUGUUUUUCUUUUGUCAUUUUUUUUAAACCUUUUAGGCCACAGUUCUCAAGGAACAGAGAUGUGGAGAGGGUACGUAUUUAGUCUUUGUCUGAAUAUUGCUGCCUGUUUUUGGGGCAGGACUUUGGACCUGGGACUUUUUUGCCUUGGUCUAAAGCGCCUUAAUGAACAAACGAGCAAAGGUCUUCUCCCGGUGAAACCUUUCUAAUACACCCUUCACGCCUUAACUGGGCGUGAAGGGUGUACAUCUCCUAAAUACACUACAGAUAUAUUUAUUAUUGUGAGGUGUACAGGGUACACUUGCUCUGUGAGGUCUGAAUAGACGAAAAAUGGUGAAACAUUUUGCCUUCACCAUUGUGGGGAAAAAACAAACAAACAAACAAACAAAAACGAAAAAAAAUGUUUUAAGCCUUAAUUUAUUUAAAAUGUAAGUCUUGAUAUGCUAGGUAAUAGACGCACACAUUUUAAAGAGUUGAACCUUGCUUUCAAUACAGUUUGUUAAUUUAUAUUCAAGUAGGUCUGUUUCCCACUCGGCUUGGCUGUGGAUACAUUAUGUGCAGGGAUGGAAUGGUUAUUACUUCCUGAAAUUAAAUGUUGCUGUGCCUUUUUCCCCCUUUCUUUCCUUUCACCAAAUAUCUAGAGAAUAAUCAGCCUAUCAAUUUAAAUUAACUAGUAUGAAAUGCAGGAUUGUUGGAUUUUUUUUUUCUUUUCAAGUCUUUUGUUUAUUUGUCUAAUUUAUACAUAAAAUUGUAUUUAUAAAUAAUGCUGUGUACAUUUGAAGUACGAAAAUUGUCGUCACUAUACUGUCAAAUCACUAUCUUGUCAGUCGAGGAAUUUAAAUCUGAGGCCCACCCGCCUCCGUGUGUCUUAAUCUCAAAGCCUCACUUUUCCACUGUAAUGAUUCAGAUGGGGAAUAUGAAUCCUUCUGUACUUCCUCUAGGCUUCCCUGGCUGUCUGUACGGUACUCUUCUGCGCUCGGAGAGCAAAUCAACCUCGGGCGUGUUGAACACUUAAUCAGAGUGAAUGAGGAUAAGUUGUCUUUCUGUUGAGCACAUCAUGGACUCAGAUCUCACCAAUCGUUAGUCUGUGCCUUCACCUCUCUCCUCUCUCUCUCUCUCACUCUCUCUUUCUCCCUUUCUUCCUUUCCUUCUUUCUUGAGUUCUCUCUCUUUCUUUGUCUUUCCCUUUUUCUUUCUCUUCUCUUUCUUUCUUAAUUUUUCUCUCUCUCUCUCUCUCUGUUCAUUUUCUCAUUCUCCACCAAAGCACUAGAUAUAGGGUUAGUCUCCACCUCUUUUUGUGACUGCCUACUCUUGAAGGACUGACACUACACUGAGUAAAAAACUGGAUUUUAGCCCUGGAAGGCAAAGGCUUAGGAAAUCUGUUCUGGGAGUCUGGUCCAAAGGUGCACACCUUUUUGCUACAUUUUGUGUUUUGAAAACAAAUUGAAUGUCCAAACAGAUGAAAGGGUACUUUAUUCCGUUGUGUGUUUUAUCCUUUGGUCUUCUUAGUGUCCAGGAAAAAAAGGUUUGAAUGUAGUUUUUGGGAACAUGAUGUAUAUUUUCUGCACUGGUAUUGUUGUUAUGUAAUUGCAAAUGGUAAAAAAAAAAAAGAAGAAGAAGUUGGUGAAUUAUGUUUAAAAUUGUAUUUUUUGGGGGGUGGGGGUGGAUGCAGAAAUGGAUGGGUGACGAAUAAAGAAUG